AUGGUUCUGUGUGGGACUGGGACAGGUCGGGGGGCGCAGGGGGCGCAGGGGGCGCAGGGGGCUGAGGGGGCUGAGGGGGCUGAGGGGGCUCUGGGGGCUCAGGGGGCUCAGGGGGCGCAGGGGGCUCAGGGGGCGCAGGGGGCCAGCAGAAAAUGGCUGCUCACAAGGGAGCACUUCCCGCUCUCUGCUCCCUCCCCCUGCUCCCUCCCCCUGCUCCCUCCCCCUGCUCCCUCCCUCCCAGGCUCUUCCUCAUGCUGCUCACAGCCACAGACAACGCUCUUCCUCAUGCUGCUCACCGCCACAGACAACGUCAAUGCCGCCCCGAUGCUCCCCUUACUCUCCCCUGUUCCCUCUUCCUCCCUGCUCUCUCCCCCUGCUCCCCCACCCCUGCUCGUUCCCCCUCCCAGGCUCUUCCUCGUGCUGCUCACAGCCACAGACAACAUCAACGCCAACCCAGUCGCCUCCUACCUGCUCCUCCACCCCAUCACGGACCCCCUCCUCUCCCUCCUCACCCUCUCCCCUCCUCACCACCGCCAGCGCCUCGAAUUCGACACCUCACUCGUCCUCCUCCUCCUGCUGCUCUGGCGUAGAGCUUCCAACCCCUAUGCGGAUAGAAUCGCCUCGUCAGCCAACGCGCCCCUGGUUCCGCUGCUGCAUACGAUUCACUCGCUGCUCUCACUUUCCCAGGAGCCGGGGCAGGGGAGUGGGGGGAUGGCGGGAGCAGGAGGGGGAGGAGGGGGAGGGGGAGGGGGAGCGGCGGGGGGAGGGGCUGGAGGAGGAGGAGGUGGGGCGGGAGGAGCAGAAGGGGCGGGUUUAGGAGGAAUUAGUUCUUAUCUGCCUUCUAUGGGCAUGAUUUCGUCUCAGGCAUCAUCAGCUUUGUCUGUAAUGGCGUUUGCCACGUCAGCAGCCACCCAGGCACUGUACAGUUACGCGAGCACGGCAAUAGGGGGGAUAGCGAGCGGGAAAGGGCUGGGGGAACUGCCCCCUAUAACGAGUGUGAUUGUAGAGAAGUUCACGGAGAGAGGGAGCGGAGCGGGGGAGGUGGAUGGUCAGUGGGCGUAUGGCACCUGUGGCGUGCUGCUGCUGUAUUUCCUCGUGGCUCUCAACCCCACUGCAAGAUCGCCUGCUGUAAGUCUUGGUCUGGGGAAGGGGGGUGUGGGCGGUCAGUGGGCGUAUGGCACCUGCAGGGUGCUGCUGCUGUAUUUCCUUGUCGCUCUCAACCCCACUGAAUGUCACUCGCUGUCAACUGGUGGGCUGUGGCCGCAUGAGGGCUUCAUAGUGGGACCCGGCAAGUCCCUCUCCCUCCUGUGGGGCGACUGCCUGCGCCUGCUGCUGCUCACGUGCCGAGAUGCCUUUGACCCGCACGCCCUGCAAGGGGAGGGAGGGCUACCAAGGGCAAAGGUGCUUUUCCUCCUCGCCCGGCUGCUGCUAGAGGAGCGGCACACAGCCGAGUUCCUCUUCAGAUGCGACCCCGCCACCUUCCUCAUGCACUCGCUCGAGCCUCCCAGCCCCUCAUCACCUGCCAUGUCCCCUCGUUCCCCGCGCACGCCAUCCCACCCACGCUCCUCCAUGUCCCACGCAUUCUUCAACAUGGGAGUAGCCGUCCUCUCCCUCCCCCUCCCCCCCACACCCUCACCCGCCCAACCUUCCUUUAACACACUCCCUCCCUCCGUCUCCCACACAACCACCAAUCCCCCCUCCUCCUCAUCCUCCUCUUCCUCCUCCCCUCACCCCUCCUCCUCUCACCCCUCCUCCUCCUCGCUCUCCUCCACUCCCUCCUCCUCCUCGCAACCCACUCCCUCUAUGGAUCCGGACGCGCUAGUGAGAGCAGCAGUGGUGGUUUCUCUGGUGCUAAAUUUCGCCCGCGCCAAAGGGAUAGCUCUCAGCACGGCAACAGUGGACUGGUUCGGCCUCUGGCGAUCUCUCAUUCGGAUAUGCGACUGGUGCCGCGCGGAUAGCAACUUCCAGCGCCCAGGGGUGCCAGAGGUAGCGGAGAUAUCAUUGGGUCUGCUGGAAGCAUGUGUGGGAGCAGGAGCAGACCUGGUGGGCGGGUCGGGGAUUCACUCUGGAGGGAGCAGCCGCCCAGGGGUGCCAGAGGUGGCGGAGAUUUCCUUGGGCCUUUUAGAGGCUUGCGUGGGAGCAGGAGCAGACCUGGUGGGCGGGUCAGGGAUUCACUCUGGAGGGAGCAGCGUGGGAGCGGGCGGGUGUGACGACCUGGAGAUGCUGCACGCACUACUGCUGGCGCACAUGGGGGUGUUUGAAGGGCUUCAGGCGACAGCUGAGCGAAUCACGUUUGGGGCAGCGGCUAAAGUAUCAAUUACCGGAGGAAUCACUCUGGUGAACAUCAAGGAGUUAAGAGACCACUACGAGGUGCAAGCAGCAGGCAUGGGCAUGCGGCUGGGAAGCAUCACAGAAGAGCAAGCGCUGACAGUUAUCCGCAAGAAGGGCAUGAGUGGACUGAAGGUGAAGCCACGUCAUGUGGGCCCCACACACGUGUACUCGGAGGGCACGGCGGAGCUCCGGAUUCUCACUGCUGCCACCCGGCUGCUGGUGGCACACCACCGGAGAAAUUUCUGGUCGUUGCUGCCCAAGCUGGAGCUUGAGAAUUAUUGA